UAGAACCACCCAUUGUGCAUUCCAUUCGGCUUAACGCGAGGAAAUAUCUUUUGGGCUUCUCGGGCAUAAAUUUUCUGAUCUGAUUCGUUCACCGUCUUGUGACUAUACGGUCGCUUUUUCGCCCGCGCUCCCAAGAACAAGUUACUAGAUAUCACGGAGUUCUAUACAUAUACGGUUGUUAGAAAGCCUUAAACCGACCAUAGAGUAGACGGCUCACCCCUCAAUAUGCCUCUCGAUACAUCGACUACGUACCCCCUUACCAAGCUGCGCCUCGAUGGCCGCCGGUGGAACGAGCUUCGUCUUCUCCAAGCGCAGAUCUCCACAAACCCGGCCAGCUCUGGUUCGUCUUAUUUGGCCAUGGGAAAUACAACUAUUAUGUGCUCGGUUCAUGGUCCUGCGGAAGGACGCCGAGGAGAUGCGACCGGUGGUGCAGCGGGUUCUUCGGGAGCAGUGGUAGAAGUCGAUGUCAACGUCGCUGGAUUCGCCGGAGUUGAUCGCAAGAGAAGAGCGGGAGGAAGCGACAAACAAUCGUCGCGCAUUGCAACUACUCUACGGGCUGCUUUCCAGUCUCAUCUUCACACCUACCUUUAUCCGCACAGUACUAUCAGCAUCCACGUUUCAGUACUAUCCGCCGACGGCUCUCUGCUUGCUGCUGCAAUCAAUGCUUGCACCUUAGCACUUGUAGAUGCAGGUAUUCCCAUGCCGGGCUUACUCUGUGGCUGCACAGCUGGUAUGAGCGGAAGUGCUUCUACCCCUCGUGAUCCUCGAAACGACGAACUAGAUCCGCUUCUGGAUCUGUCUUUGCCAGAGGAGCAGGAGCUCCCAUUCCUCACCGUGGGCACUACAACCUCUGUCCCGGUGGGUGAGAAUGCGAUGGAUGACGACGAGGAAGAUAUGAAAGUUUCCAUGCUGAACAUGGACUCGAAAGUGCAUUGCACUUAUGUCGAGACGAUGCUUGCCGUUGGGAUUGAUGGCUGUAAUCAGAUCCGAGAGAUCUUGGAGGGAGUCAUCAAAGGGUCCAAUAAGUUACAAUAGCCAUCUGUAGGUGAUCUUGGUGUCUUUCAUGUGAAUCUUUCUGUGUCUAUCAAAAAGCAUGAUGUCUAUUUAUACCCAAAUGCUGCACUUUCGAGGUGUUGGGGGCGUGUUUGGUUGGUUUCCAC